AUGGCGACCGUGGAGCGGGACGGGGAUCAGCUGUCCACGCGGCCAGCCCUAGAGACCGAGGGGUUGCGCUUCCUUCACGUCACGGUGGGCUCCCUGCUGGCUACCUAUGGCUGGUACAUCGUCUUCAGCUGCAUUCUUCUCUACGUGGUCUUUCAGAAGCUCGUCACCCGGCUGAGGGCCUUGAGGCAGAGGCAGCUGGAUCGAGCUGCCGCUGCUCUGGAACCUGAUAUUGUUGUUAAACGACAGGAGGCUUUAGCAGCUGCUCGUUUGAAAAUGCAAGAUGAAUUAAAUGCACAAGUUGAAAAGCAUAAGGAGAAACUAAGACAGCUUGAAGAAGAGAAAAGGAGACAGAAGAUUGAAAUGUGGGAUAGCAUGCGAGAAGGAAAAAGUUACAAAGGAAAUACAAGAAAGCCUCAGGAAGAAGACAGUCCUGGGCCUUCUACUUCAUCAGUCAUCCCCAAGCGAAAAUCUGACAGAAAGCCCUUGCGGCGAGGAGGUUACAACCCUUUGUCUGGUGAAGGAGGUGGAGCCGCUCCUGGAGACCUGGACGCAGAGGUCCAUCGUCUGGUGGAUGAGGCUAAGAAUCUUGUUAGUGUUGCUUUUGACACUAGCAAGAUGAAUCCUUAACCCUUGACUCAAUUGCCUUAUGCACGCUUUUCACAGUGACUACCCAGGGGGAGGGGGCUUUCUUUCUGUUCUUAACUGCAUCUGUGUCUUCAAGGGUUGAAGGCAGCAUAGAGCAUGGACGUGGCCACUAGGCAGUAGUUGCAGUUGGUCACACUGCACUGAAGCCAGUGACUGUGUUCACUGAUUUCAUGGGUCAUUGCUAGUUGAUAGCUAAAGGCCUCCAAGUGAUUGGUGAUCUUGAUAAAAGAGACCUGGCAAUGAUCAAGUUAACAGGUCCUUGCUGGUAGGACAGUCUCUGUGACAGGUUGCGUUGAAUGAUGUCUUCCUUGUAAAUGGUGAGCCCACCAGCGAGGAUUACUGAUGCAGAGAGUUGAUGGGGUUGUUUCUGUAUAUUUAUUUUUAUGUACAGAGCUUUGUUAAAAAAAAAAAAGAAACUCAGUAUUAAAAAAAAUUUGCAAGGAACAUUUUCAGCAUCUUUAUCAAAUUUAAGGAAAUUUCAUUAUGAACUUGAAUUUGUCUAUCUAAUAUUACACAGCUUUUUAUUAUUCAUAAUCUCCCACUAAUA